GGUGCUAUAGAAAAAACAGUUGUUGUUGUUGUUUUUUUUUUUUUUUUUUUUUACCAAACUCAAUGAUGAACAAAAAUUCAUUUACAUACUAUGUUCUGAAGGGCCAUCUAUUCUAAAUAUAUAACUGGAAAAUUUAUUUUGAACAAUAUAUAUAUAUGACACUAUUUGUAUAUAACUAUGUGUUAUGUAAUCACUUCUUUCUUUACUUGUAUAUGUAUAUGUACAUUAUUUGUAUGUAUUUUCAUGCUGCCCCUUGAGGGCCCUUGAUAAAUUGGAAAAUAGAAUAUGUUCUAUGUAUAGUUGUCUACCCAUAUUUCUACCUACAUAUUUCAUAGCUUUUAUAAAUGUUAUAGUACCUAUGGGAUACGAACCACAAGAACAGGAUCUUAUACUAUUGGUUUAUAUUCUAGAGUAGAGGUGCACCUACGUACCCAGAGGUGGAAUAGCUCUACAAACGACAACAUCACUAGACCUACUGACUCUAAGACAAUGGAAGUGAGUUCAAUUUCGGAAUUUAAGCACAACAUCAAACCUUGUAGACAUAUCAAAAUCUACAGAAGUACAUUGGACUAUUAUCAUCACGUGUUUAUUGGUCGUGUAGAUGACUUUGGAUGUGACAUCUUUCACUACAAACCUCAGUGGGAAGAAUAUUUCUACGGAAACUCUCCAGGACAAAUUACACGUGACAGGUUCAAUUUCGGUGACACAAACCAGGAGGUUGCAAAUAUUUUGGAUUUCGAAAAUGGUGUUGUAAUUAUUGUUGCACGCAGUGACUAUCCAAAGACACCAGAUGGAAUACAACGUACACUCGAAAGAGCAGAAUCAAGGUUGGGUGAAACGAAAUAUUCGAUAAGUUCUAACAAUUGUGAGUGCUAUGUUAACUGGAUUUUCUCAGGAGACAAUACUUCUCUAGAAUUUCAGGAUUGUGGUCUUGGUAAACGCAUGUUUGCAGGAGCUGUCGAUACGUCAUUGAGUGAUGGAAUUGUAAGGCCGAUGAAACACGGAACGUCCUCUGUAGUAUCAGAGGGUAUCAAGACAGGUCCCUUUUCUUUUCCACCAAAAAGUCGACCAAAGGCAAUCAAUUUUACAAAUCGCAGGCUGUAUUCAUCGUCAAAUAUACGUUCAGAACAAUAUUUGCAAUACAAACAAGUACAUGUAUUAAAAGAGCAAGGAAACAAAUUAGAAACUAUGCUUCUAAUGCUUCGAAAUGCAGAUUUUACAGAUUCUGGUGCAAAACAUGAGAUCUUCAGAUCGGCGAAGUCGUCAACGACAAACUCUGUUUCAAAACAAGCAGUGAGCAAAUUAGGGAAAUCAGGAAUCAAACCAGCAUUGAAAUGUACCAAAAAGUCCCUUGCUGCUCCGUUCCUUCCUAAAUCAGCAUCUAAAUCUAUUUCAGACGAAUUAGCCAAGUCAUCUGCUCCAUCUGUUGCGAAAGCAGCAUCAAAAUCAAUCUCAAAUGAGGUAACCAAAUCCGCUGCUCCGUCUGUUGCAAAGGCAGCAUCAAAUUCAAUCUCAAAUGAGGUAACCAAAUCCGCUGCUCCGUCUGUUGCGAAGAUAGCAUCAAAAUCAAUCUCAAAUGAGGUAACUAAAUCCGCUGCUCCAUCUGUUGCGAAGGCUGCAUCAAAAUCAAUCUCAAAUGAGGUAACUAAAUCUGCUGCUCCAUCUAUUGCGAAGGCAGCAUCAAAAUCAAUUUCAAAUGAGGUAACCAAAUCCGCUGCUCCAUCUGUUGCGAAGGCAGCAUCAAAAUCAAUUUCAAAUGAGGUAACCAAAUCCGCUGCUCCAUCUGUUGCGAAGGCAGCAUCAAAAUCAAUCUCAAAUGAGGUAACCAAAUCCGCUGCUCCAUCUAUUGCGAAGAUAGCAUCAAAAUCAAUUUCAAAAGAAGUUACCAAAUCAGCUGCUCCAUCUGUUGCAAAGGCAGCAUCUAAAUCAAUUUCAGGUGAAGUCACCAAAUCCGCCGCUCCAUCUGUUGCGAAGGCAGCAUCAAAAUCAAUUUCAGGUGAAGUCACCAAAUCCGCUGCUCCAUCUAUUGCGAAGGCAGCAUCAAAAUCAAUUUCAAAAGAAGUUACCAAAUCCGCUGCUCCAUCCAUUGCGAAGGCAGCAUCAAAAUCAAUUUCAAAUGAAGUCACCAAAUCCGCUGCUCCAUCUGUUGUGAAGGCAGCAUCAAAAUCAAUUUCAGGUGAAGUUACCAAAUCCGCUGUUCCAUCUGUUGCGAAGGCAGCAUCAAAAUCAAUUUCAAAUGAAGUAACCAAAUCCGCUGUUCCAUCUGUUGCGAAGGCAGCAUCAAAAUCAAUUUCAAAAGAAGUAACCAAAUUCGCCGCUCCAUCUGUUGGGAAGGCAGCAUCAAAAUCAAUUUCAGGUGAAGUUACCAAAUCAGCUGUUCCAUCUGUUGCGAAGGCAGCAUCAAAAUCAAUUUCAAAAGAAGUUACCAAAUCAGCUGCUCCAUCUGUUGCAAAGGCAGCAUCUAAAUCAAUUUCAGGUGAAGUAACCAAAUCCGCCGCUCCAUCUGUUGCGAAGGCAGCAUCAAAAUCAAUUUCAGGUGAAGUCACCAAAUCCGCUGCUCCAUCUAUUGCGAAGACAGCAUCAAAAUCAAUUUCAAAUGAAGUUACCAAAUCCACUGCUCCUUCCGUUGCGAAGGCAGCAUCAAAAUCAAUUUCAAAUGAAGUCACCAAAUCCGCUGCUCCAUCUGUUGUGAAGGCAGCAUCAAAAUCAAUUUCAGGUGAAGUUACCAAAUCCGCUGUUCCAUCUGUUGCGAAGGCAGCAUCAAAAUCAAUCUCAAAUGAAGUAACCAAAUCCGCUGCUCCAUCUAUUGCGAAGGCAGCAUCAAAAUCAAUCUCAAAUGAAUUAAGCAAAUCCGCUGCUCCGUCCAUUGCGAAGGCAGCAUCAAAAUCAAUCUCAAAUGAGGUAACCAAAUCCACUGCUCCGUCCGUUGUUAAGUCAGCAUCAAAAUCACUUUCAGGUGGAGUAGCCAAAUCCUCUGCUCCGUCCGUUGUUAAGUCAGCAUCAAAAUCACUUUCAGAUGGAGUAGCCAAAUCCGCUGCUCCGUCUGUUGCUAAAUCAGUUUCAAAAUCAAUUUCAAACGAAGCAGCCAAUUCAGCUGUUGCUAAACCAGCCCAAAAGGAAAUAGUCAAAAGAAUGCAUAGGUCUAUUAGAUCGUGUAAACGACCUAGUCUAGGUAAAUCUACAGGCAAAGCAGCUGAAAAUGCGACUGAAAACGCUGGAAAACUUUCAUCUGGUAUAACAAAGGGUGCUGUUGCCACUGCAGUUGUAUUCGAAGGUGUCUUUCUCACGAAGAAACUUUACGAUAUCGUGACUGAUGAGGAUAUGGAUGACGAGGAGAAACAGAGAAGUGCUACAAAGGAAAUAUCUUCCUCUGUAGUGGGCGUUCCCGCUGGAUUAUGUGGAAGUGUCGUUGGACAAGCUCUAAUUCCGGUUCCUUUCCUGGGGGCUGCAGUUGGGGGUAUUAUCGGAGGUAUGAUUGGUAAUGCUGUUGGAGGUGCGAUUGGGGAAGGAGUUUUUAGCAUUUUCAAAUAACUGUCGAUAUUAUCACCAAAAGAGUAAUAUAAGAGACGAUAUAUGUACUAGUCAUGUUUAUAAACUGCAUACUAGUAGUUGUCUAUAGUUGAUCAAUAAAGUGAUUAAUGGCAUUGGU